AUGAAUUCAUUUGGGUUCUCUCAAGAAAGAGCACUUUCGGCUUCCAAGUAUGUUCAACUGUUUUUGAAGAAUCAUGCAUUUACUGAUGCUCAGAUCUCGACUGUCGUUAGGCUAAGGCCAUCUAUCCUUUUAUCCCGUCCUGAGAAAACUUUGUUGCCAAAGCUUGUAUUUUUACAAUCUAUAGGAGUCUCAGGAUUAGACAUUCCCAGGAUAAUAUGUAGAUCACCUAAUAUACUUUGUAGAAGCUUGAAAAACCAAAUUAUCCCAGCUUUUAAUCUACUCCAAGACUUACUUCAUUCGAACGAAAAUAUUGUAUUUGCUGUUAAUCGAUUCCCUGAGCUUUUGGUGACAAAUUUGGAGAAUAAAGUGGCACCUAAUCUUGAGAUUUUGCGAGAGGCGGGUGUUACUGAAUCGGGAAUUGGGUAUUGUUUGAAACAUAUGCCUAGGCUAUUAGCUAGACUUCCAGAACAUUUGAAAGAAAGCGUAGAAAGAGUUAAGCAAAUUGGUUUCAAUCCUCAAACAACAAUGUUUCUUCAGGCUGUUAAAGUGAUGGCUGCAACAGCUUUGAGGAGUUGGGAUCGCAAGAUGGAGGUUUAUAAGAGGUGUGGUUGGUCUGAGGAAGAGGUGCUGACUGCUUUUAGGGGGCAGCCACAUUGUAUGCUGGCUUCCGAAUCUAAGAUUAUUAGGGUAGUGGAUCUUUUGGUGCAUAAAAUGGGAUGCCAUAUUUCAGAGUUAGCCAAAAACCCACUACUGAUUUUGCUGAGCUUGAACAAGACAAUUGCUCCAAGGUGUUCAGUUUACAAUGUUCUGCGCAUGAAAGGUUUGGUUAGAAAGAACCUUAGCUUGGCAAAGUGUCUGACCUGUCCAGAAAAGUUUUUCCUGGAGAGGUUUGUUCAGCGAUACAAAGAGGAAGCUCCUGAGCUUUUAGAGUUAUAUCAGGAAAAAAUGCAACUUUCAAAGUGACUGGCACUAGGGGACAACAAAUGAAUGAGAUAUAUUAAGUGAUUUUCAUAUCAGUUUAUUUCUGCUUCUGAAACACCUGUAAUGUCAGCUUGUUGCCUCCUUGGGCUGUUCCUGGCUUACUGCUUACAGAUAAUCUUUUUCCUUUCUUCUUUUCUCUUUUUCUAAUUUCUCGCUGCUCUCUUGCACCCAGUAUUCAUUUGGAAUCAACUGAUGGUAUGAAAUGGUAGCUCCUGCUGGAUGAUUUUUCACUAAUUCAUGUGCUAGUUUUUCAAUCUCCAUAUAUCACUUUUGCUCCUGGGUUGAUAAGUACUUCCAAAUGAUAUGGAGCAUGAAUCCAAUUGAAACUUUGAGAACUUUGUCCCCUUGGGAUUUAGCCCCAUGGCCCCUGACUUUUGUGACGCAGAGGAGAUGCUUCUGCUGAUAGUGAAGUGGUAUUCUCAAUAGGUUUCUUUAGUUGGUCAUUAGUCCCAAAUUUGUGCAUGUAAUGAUCAGAA